AUGUCUACCUCAAGAUCAUUAAAUAAUAAGAUUUUCUUUGAAAAGAAGUCAGCAACUGGAGAGUACCCAAAAGAAUGGAUGAACUCUGCUUACGGUGGAAAUCUAACGCAUCACCAAGACUCAUCUCAGUUACAAAAUCAAUCCUAUUCGAAGCGAAACAUUAAUUCAACAGUAAACAAUAGUUUUAAUUAUAACAAUUAUGAUAAUAAUGCUGCUAAUUACGGUAGAGAGAAUUUUCAUAAUAAUCAAGCAUAUUCUAACAAUGCUUAUUCGUUGAAAGGUUUGAAUAAUACUUACAUUUUGAACAAUAUGAGGAAUGAUAAUAAAAUUAAGAGAGGACAGAAACCUAUUAUGAAUGGUAGAAGUAUGCCAUAUAAAAACAUGAACAAACAAAAUUCAAGAGCACUUAAACAAACAAAGAACCCACCUAACAAUGCCAAAAAUUUUACUAAUAAAAAUAUCAAGUUUACUAUCGUUCAUGAUGAAAGUGAGAUCGAUAAUGAUAAAAAACACAGUAAUGACGAUAUUUGUAACAAAUAUUUUUCAGAGCCAGUUGAUUUGAAUUAUUAUAAGGAUUCAGAUGGUAAAAUAAAACCUGUUAUUAAUUUAGUUUCAAAAAAAACCCAACAAUCUAUAAAGAAGGUAUACAAAUUAUCAGUACCAAUUAAUUAUAAAGAUACCACAUAUUCUGGAGUAAGUAGUUUAAUUGAAACAGAGUAUAGACCAUUAUAUUCGAAAGAUCAAUCAUUUAAAUUCUAUAAUAAAGAUAGUGUCCUACUAUUCAAGACUUUGGAUGCAAUAGUCGAGAAAAUCAAGGCAUCGAAUAGAAAGGAAACAAAAGAAAACGAUGCCAAUACUACUUUAGAAAAAAUUAAGUUGAAUAAGUCAAGUAGAGUUUUGAAAUCAAUUAAUGAGAGAUCUUUUAUAAAUAAUACAGGUUUGAAAUUAACCAGCAACAAUGAUAGUUUCGAGUUGAGUUUUGAUGGUAAGGCGUUAGAUAGGAGUGAUAUUUUACGUAUGGUUGAUUCUUUCAGUGUUGCCUUUUCUGACGAUGAUGGAGAUAAUGAUGAUUAUAAUGAACAAGCUGAGAGUACAUUCGAUGAAGAAUUUGGGUCAAAGGAAAAUAAAUAUUUGAGGACAUUAACGAAUAAAAUCUUACCAGCAGAAAUUACGGGCGGUGGAUUUUAA